UUGCAGAAGCACGGUAUUGCACAGUUUAUUGCACUUUAUGAGCGCCUGAAAGGCCGCGAAGGUGAUCAGCUGAGAUGGGGCGAUGAAAUUGAAUAUACGAUCCUGAAAUUCGAUGAUACUGCCAAGAAGGUACGUGUAAGUUUACGAGCCGAAGAAAUCCUUGGUCGUUUGCAAGCUGGCGAAGAAGUAAAUGCACUGUUGGGGACCGAAAAUUUCUCGCUAUGGCGUCCCGAAUUUGCGGCCUAUAUGCUUGAGGGAACUCCCGGUGCUCCGUACGGAGCUAACAUGAUAAGACGUCGUGCAGAAGUAACGCGGCUAUUGAAAAAUGACGAAGCGGUUAUGUCAGUAUCAUUCCCAGCUCUUGGCACCCCAGAUUUUACAUUCCCAUCACAUCAGCCACGUCCUGAUGAUGAAACUGGUGCCGGCCAACGUCGCGGUGAAAAAGUGGCCAUCAAUGUGCCAAUAUUUCGGGAUAAAAACACACCCGAACCAUAUCAGGUAACUUUUUUGACGUUUUUUUUUAUUAUUGUUUUGCUUUUUUAAAC